AUGCCUCAGCGUUGUGCAGUUCCUAUGUGUAACGAGAAAACAGGAGGUCAUAAAUUUCCAUGCGAUAAAGAUCUCCUGAAAAAAUGGCUAACAGCAGUUCGUCGAGACAAUCACAUACCAUCUAGACACUGUCGAGUAUGUAAAAAACACUUCACUGAUGAUGAUUUUGAAUUUCCAAUAUCUGCGGUUGAAGAGUAUGCUCGUCCAAGAUUAAAAAAGGAUGCUGUUCCCAGUAGAUUCCCUUGGAAUGAAGUUGCAUAUGACAUCCUAUACAAAAAGAACAAAAGAACUGUUGACCGUAUGAUGGAAAGAGAUUUAUUGAAGAACAAACUGGAAAACAUCAAAAAGUCGAACAACGAACAAUUCUUGGAGAGUCUACCAGAACUACCUGAUGACUUACUGGACACAAAUGGUCUGCCAAAUAUUGAUCUAGCUAAACGUUUAACGGAAAUUGAUGAUAUAGAUGAAUUAAUUUGA